UGGAGCUGCCUUCUUAGCUAUGAUUCUUACAAGUGCCCUCUGCAUCAUUUUCAGACCCAAACUGUGUCAAAAGGGAGCCAGCUCCUGCACAUCCAGCAACUCUGAGGUGCCAGUGGGAGUCCAGAACACUGGAGCUGAGGUCAGUGAACUGCAGCUGAUGGCUGAGAAUCAGGCCAACCUGGAGGCAACCAUAGAGCAGGACAUCAACGACAGUGUGACACAUAGAGUCCGUGCUGGUGUCAACAUCUCCCAGAGUGCAGACCUGGACCUUUCCUGCAGUGGUAUGACUGAACUCGACCUUGGUGCGGAUGAAGUUUUCAUUGUAUCUUCAGCCCCUAGCCCAAGCAGGCUAGACCUCUCCCCUCACACACAGCGGGAGAGGGAUCUGCGGCACAGUGACACUGGUCCCAGCCCUGCACGUGACUGGCUCUCACCAGACUCCACAGCCUCAACCACUGAUGCCAGGUCUACCAAGGAUGGCACCAGUGGCUGUGCCAGACCGAGAGCAUGGAGCGUACGCACCUUCCAGGACUUCCUCCCUCCACUGCCACAGCUGCAUAAGAAGUGGUGCAGCUGGAACUCCACCAGUCCCUUCACCAAGCUGGUGGACAGCGCUCCUUCCAGUUUGGUCGCUAACUGCAGAGGGGAUGACAGCGGGAAGAUCUCUUCUGAUGUUCACCUGGAGGCUGAGGCUGACUAUGGCACAAUCUCUGACUCAUCCAUCAGCAAUGCCUCCUACCCUCUUGCGCAACCCACCCAGAGACAAUGGCGUGUCAACUCCACUAGCAACCUCCGACGCUCGCGAUUCACAGGGGCUUGCUUUGGUCUGCUCUCUGGGACAGCAGACCCAACGAAGGCCUCUGGGGUACCUCAUGCCCAUGGCUCCAACUCAGAACCCAACUCUGGCUCUUCAUCAUCCCAGUGUCAGAUUGAGAGUGGCCAAGCUGAGGGUGAUCACAUCAGUGUGCCGGUGUUUGCCAUCUCUGAAGAGGACGACUGGCAGCCUCUGGUCUCAGCAGAGCACCUGGACCAGACCUCUGCUUCUGCUCUGCUGAAUGGAGUGAUGACGGGGACAUAUGAGGGGAGGAGGCGUACUGUGGGAAGCACCAGUCUCAGCCCCCAAAUCCAGAGGGCCAGGCCAGAGUGGAGGCCAUGGGGGAGCCAGGCAUCAGGAGGAGCUGGUCCACUCUCUAACAACAUACCAUUCACGAUGACAGAGUUGAGCACGGGUAACGACAGCCAGUUGUCUCCGUCAGCCCGCAGCGCUGUGCAGUGCGAAUAACCAGAUGCUGAGUAGGGACCCUGGUGGGCCAGUUGUGUAUUUCCAAAUUCAGGUAGUGCCACUUUGUAAAAUAUAUAACCUACUUCUUUAUUUUCUAAGACCAGCUUUUACAAAAUUGUUACUAGAAAUUCUCUAGCUUCAUUUGGUCAGAUAUUCUCAUUCUAGUUUUCUAUUUUUAUAAAGUUGUUUGGACAAAGAUGGAAUAAUAUGCUGCUUACUAUGCCAAGGCACUGACUGCUGAUGUAUUAGGUUUUUAAAAAGAUUGCAAACAUGAACAAAAGUAUUUUAUGAGUGACUACUCCAUAAUCCCAAAUGCUUAGGAGCACUUUAUACAGGUUUCUUAAUCAGUCUUCUGUUCAAUGAGCUAUAGUACUCCAACCAUUGCACCCUUCCUUCAAUAGCUCAUUGAUUCAGGAUUUUGUGCUUCCUGUAUCAGUUUUCAGCUUUUUCCUUAAUGUGGUUAUAUUUUUUGAAUGUUUAUACCAAAAGUGUUCUGCAAGCAUAGAUCAUACAUUAAUAUCACUGCAUAGGUUAUGUACUCCGAAAGCUGAUACUGGAUUAUAAAAGGGAAAUCAAAAUAAAGUUAAGGUAUAUACAGUACUAAUAUACACUAUAAUGUAGUAUAAAGCAUUCACAGUAGUAUUUAAAAAGAGGUCUGAUGUAAUGCAAAAUUUUAAUAAAGGCAAUGUCAUUCACAUGUGUCCUUUAUGUGAUGCAAGCUCUUAUACAGAAUCUAUAGGAAUCCCAAAAAACCUUGGAACAAAACCAGAACUUGCGGUCAUGGUCCGUUGUAGAACUUUUGUCAAACAAGAGUUUUUGGAUGUACAUGCAACAAAUUUGGGUUUAGUCAAACUAGAAAUACAAAUGCAGUCAGCUGAAAUUACACCGGACACAUUAGACCAUGUAUGACAAGUUGUUUUAGCCUUUAUUUGAGAUCCUUGGUAUCAGAUGUCAUUCUCCUCCACUAGUCUUUGUCAGCAAUAGUUGGGCAUCUGGUUGCACUAGUUGAACAGAAACUCUAGUUGCUCUUUGUCAGCAACCAGUGGCACUUUUGUCCAAUUAGUUCCAACAUAAGCCGUACUAGUAACGCCAGACAUUGUACUAGUAGCUCUAAAGUCCCAGCUAGUCACUUUUUUGACACACUAGUGGCUCUCAGGACCAAACUAGUAAAUGCCUAGCAGGAGGGAAAUGACAAAAUCCUGAGUCCUUAUUGGUUGGCCUUUUGUUAAUUAUUUUAAACUGGAGAGCUAAAAGGAUGUCUCAAUGUAUUCUUCUUCUCUACCUCCUCAUUAGCAUUUUGUGCAACUAGUUAACUAGAGAGUAGUCUGGCUUUUACUAGUUCAACUAGUGAAUGUUUUACACCUUGCUAGUCAAGUCAAAAUGUGUCUCACUAGUAUAACUAGUGGAUAUUUUGGACCUCACUGGUUAACUAGUAAGGUUAAAAGGGAGACUAGUAAGUGUUUUUGAUCAACUAGUACAACAAAAUGUCACUAGUGCUGACAGAAACCAAACUAGUGGAGGAAAGUGACAUCUGACAUCAAGGAUAUCAAAUAAAAGCUAAAAGGGAUUUCCAAGCUGUCACAGAAUCAUGCUCAUAAGUACACAUAUUUAGCUCGG